CUGGCGCCCCCGGGCCUCGGCUCCCGCCUCGCCGCGGCUGCCCGGGCCUAGCCCGGUGCUUGUGUCGCUGUGCUUCGGCUUGGUCCUCCCGCGGGGCGGCCUGUUCGCCCGUGCCCGGUCCCGGUUGCCGUUUGCUCGGGAUUUGCCUGGCCCCUGAGCCCGUGUGCGAGCAGCGGGACCGCUCUGCCUGAGGCAGCGGAGCCUCAGUAAAUCUGUGACUGCUGUUUCUCUGGCUGCGUUGUUGAAGUCAAGCAAGUCCUUGCCAGUACGAUGGUAGCAGUUGGCCUGACCAUAGCAGCAGCUGGAUUUGCAGGUCGUUAUGUGUUAAAAGCUAUGAAGCAAGUGGAGCCACAAGUAAAACAAGCACUUCAGAAUCUACCAAAAUCUGCCUUCAGUGGUUAUUACAGAGGUGGAUUUGAACCCAAAAUGACUAAACGAGAAGCAGCUUUAAUACUAGGAGUAAGUCCUACAGCCAAUAGAAAUAAAAUUAGAGAAGCUCAUAGGCGGAUCAUGCUUCUGAAUCAUCCAGAUAAAGGUGGCUCUCCAUAUGUGGCAGCCAAAAUCAACGAAGCUAAAGAUUUACUGGAAGACCAAGCUAAAAAAUGAAUGUAGGAGACAAUUCAGUGGGUUUCUUCAUGUAAAUGAGUAUUUUUGAUAAAUGACUUAAGGAAAGUUGCAA